CUUAUAUUACACUUGGUAGAUAAAUGCUAAGCUGUUUUUGAAGGGCAUUGAAGCUCUCCGACAACUGGUGAAAGCUGCGAUCCUUCACGCUUCGGCCUUGGGUGUUAAAACUGAGCGAGAAACGCUACUGAGAAGGACCAUGUCUGCGUUCAGUCGCUCCUUCAGCUUCAUCCGACCUACCCUGCGAUCCCUGAUCACCUCCAAAGCCAGCAUUUCGUCCAAACCUGCGAAACACAACUUAACAGUCGCUGAGCAAACCAUUGCAAUGGUUUCCUUGUUUGCUGCAAUCCUGGUCCCCUCAGGAUGGAUCCUGAGCAACUUGGAGGAGUACAAAAAACGCUGAGGAAAUAUGGAAUGACGUGAACCCCAACAAGAUUUCUCCAAUAAAAAAGCGAAUGGUCAUGCACCAAGUUUCUAAUAAAUGCUCAUAAAUCA